GGCCUGUGCAUAACCUGGAAGAGAACUUCAUAAUCUGGUGACUUGAAUCUCCGAUCGCUAUUGGAGAAUUAAAUGCGUGGUUACGCAUUUAAUUAUUGAAAAUUUUCACGUCUUUCAAAUCAAGAUGGCGACAACAUCACGUGAUCACGAACCUCAGGAGACAGAGUGCCCAGUGUGCAAUAACAGCUUCGUCCUACCCAAAAUUUUACCCUGUGGGCAUGUCUUCUGUAGAACUUGCGUUAUUUCUUUAAUAAAUGCCAGGAAACAGCCUGAAUGUCCCAUGUGCCGAAGCGCCUUUGCUGACCCAGCCAAACAGGGAGAAAACAUUGCUGAUGCUCUGCCCACAGAUGAGGCCCUGAACUCACUGGCCACAGUCGUCAACAUACUGACUCAGGAACAUGAGUGUCAUGCUUGUGAUGGUGUCAAGGCUGAGUCCAUCUGCUCACAAUGUCUCGUAAAGCUUUGUGCAGCAUGUACUCGAGCUCACAAGAAACUUCCGGUGACCCGUAACCACGAGGUUGAGAGUCUCACCGCUGUAACUGCUGAACGUCUGGCUGCCAGCGGUCCAGGACUGUGUCCUCAACACGACCAACAAAUAUCGUACUUCUGCUCCGAUGAUAAUCUUGCUGUUUGUGCCUCCUGUUGCAUUUUGGACCACAAGGCAUGUCGCCGCAUAAUACGUCUCGACAGCGAGAUGAAGUCGUCAAAAAAGGAGAUUUUAAACCUCGAAGACAAACUUACCAAGGCGGAGGCGAAGAUAGAAGAAACCAUCAAUCAUCUGGACAUGCGGCUGAAAGAAUCUACUCACUGCCAAAGCCUGAUGGACACGGCGCGUGAAAAUCUGAUUAAGUUCUGUAAAAGAGAAGAAGAAAAGUCUAGAAACUUUCAAGAAGUAGUAAGGUCCGUGCAGAAGGUCAGACUUAAGCUGAGGGAGCGCCUGGCGAGGGUCAAAUCCCACAAGCGCAUCGUGUCACGUGCUGGGGCAGUGUGUCCGCGGCCAGGACUGGUCUAUGCCAAAAGAGCUUUGCAAGACAGGGUCAACACUCUCGAUCUCAGCGACACUUUGCCAGAAGAUGUAAAUGUGAAAGCCUUGUUUAGACAUGCUGACUACAGUGACUUUGUCAGACAAAUAACAAACCAAUUACCGAGACAACUGGAUCAGCAGAGCAAAAAGCAUGAGAAACCAGGAUUUACUUUCCAUACAAAUCGCGGCAGCAGCGUAGUGCUCACCAAUAAUGGGAAGUGGGCGGAGUCUGUAGGUCCAGGCGGCAUUGUUGUGUCCAGUGGACCUCUCGAGACCAAUGUCAUGUAUCAGAUAAUGUUGGUGGCGCUGGUUCAAGAGGGAAACACCUUUGGACGCAUGGUGUACGGAGUAACUGCAACACACCCAGACAAGCUGCACAUCAAGAAAACCAUUGAAGACAUGAAGGAGCUGUCACCUGUGCGCCCGAGCUUACCGCGCAUGAAGAAGUACAACACCCUGGGACUGGUGCUGGAUUCCAUGAACAACAUCCACACAUUUUCCAACGGAGUGGAAAUGGUUAUAAGCAUAAAAGAUGUUCCUCGGCCUUGCUAUGCCGUCUUUGACCUGGGCUGUGAUGUGAGAAAGAUAAAAAUACUUCCCACAAGAAAGUGGCAUCAAUCGAGGUAAUGCAAGGGAGAGAAAUGUGUCUGUACACCUACUGUCAGGAUUCAGAUCAUCACAGCACUUUGCUUGAAUGUUCAUAAAAAACACAGAGACCGGUGAUUGUAACUAAAGUAUGUAUAAAUUAACUCCAAACAAGAACACACACAUAUACACAUAUAUAAACUAACAUAAAAACGUAAAGAUUUUGAAUUUUAUUAACAUGUCUUAUUUACGUCUUUACAUUUCUUCCAACAAACUGGUUCAAACGAAGAACAUUGUUCUCGGCAAAGCAAUGAAACUCUGACAUCAAAUUUUUGUGUUUUAUCGAUAUUGACUGAUAUAAUUUUCUCUUUGCCUUCAUGAUUAAUGUGGCUUAUUUACACAAGCGGCCAUACUUUGUUGAUGGAAUGAAAGUGAAGACGAGAUAUUGACGAUGCUGACGAGGGAGUUGGGGUAGUUUGUAAUGCAACACAUGGAUGCACUGCUCCUCCUGCCUAAGUGUGUGUGUUACAAGCAUCUUAAUAAUUACACUGGCAUCCAGAGCGCGCGCGCGCACACACACACACAC